UUUUUUACUGUUGAGUAACUGCAUGCUGGUCUGCCUGUGUUAGAGAGGGUGAGAGCGGGACCUGGGCGAAAAAAGUGUUUCUUCUGGAUCUUAUCAGAGCUCAGUCCUCUCUUUCACCUUCCCCUCUCAGUUUUGUAUAUAUCUUGAUUGCUGUUUGUGACUAUUUAAGUUGGGGAGGCCCUGGAGAGGACACACAAUGGAGCGAAGAGCCUCUGGCAACUGGGCUGUUGUACUGUUGAGAGGGGGAUGGUGUAGAGAGAGGACCGGUUCACACAGCUAACACAGCCUGCCGGCUGUAGGUUUCCAGCAGCCUGUCCUCCCGCCUGGACCUACUCUUUCCUGGCUGGGGCCUCUUUUUCCUGGAACAGCCACUCUCAAACUCUACUUGGACUACGCUACGGAUUACUCACCGUGUUCUGUGGGAUUUUAGGAUACAUACUGGAGCCUGAAGAAUAAAUCUAUUAUGUUUUUUGGAUUGAACAAAGGGAAAAACUAACUUCUCUGUAAUUCUUCUGUGCCCUGUUUUGGUUUUUGCUUUCUCUUUCUGUUUAGAGGAGUUCGUAAAUGGAUUACAAGAUGCAUGCCAAAUCAAACGAUUUACUGGAUUUCCAAAUACUGGAUACACUUCUGGAAAAAAUUGCGCAUUCAGUCUCUGUUAAAAGAGAGUCCAGUGAGGAGUGCAAUGGGAUCAGCAGUGCUCUGUCAGUGGAGUCUGUGCCGGGGCCAAGAUUAAACUGGUGUCCUGCCAACACCACUACCUCUACCCCUGCCCCUGCUUCAGCUCCGGGGCCCGAGCCCAGGUCCUGCCUUAUCAGAAUGGGUGACGGCCUGGACACAGCGCAGAUGUCGGGCGGCAGCAGCAGCCAGGGGCAGGUUCAGCAAACGUGUAACCCCCCACCCCCAGAAUACAUCAAUCCUAACAGGCCAAAGCGCCAGACCAAUCAGCUACAGUACCUGCUAAAAGUGGUGGUGAAAACCCUGUGGAAGCACCAGUUUGCCUGGCCUUUUCAUGCACCAGUGGAUGCAGUCAAACUCAACCUGCCUGACUACUACAAAAUAAUCAAAACCCCUAUGGACAUGGGAACAAUCAAGAAAAGGCUUGAGAACAGUUACUACUGGAAUGCCCAAGAAUGUAUCCAAGACUUCAACACGAUGUUUACCAAUUGCUACAUAUACAACAAGCCUGGCGAUGAUAUAGUGUUAAUGGCUGAGGCUCUAGAGAAGGUUUUCCUUCAGAAAGUUACAGAAAUGCCACAGGAAGAAACUGAGAUUGUUGUCAUGACAGGAAAGGGACGUGGCCGAGGCCGGAGAGAGGGAGGUCUAAACUUGAAACCUGGGGCCAUUAUGGAUCCUUUGUCCACAACUCCUCAAACACGCGGCCUAUCAGCCCUCCCAACAGGGCUCCAAACUCGAGGACCAGUACAGGGUCCGCCUUCACUACCUCCCCAGCCUUUGAUGCAGGCCCUCCCAGGCCAUGUGCCCCCAGCGUUAUCCAGCCAUGCACCACAGCUCGGAGCGCCAUACUCCCUGGGUCAGCCAGACUGCCCACCUCAAGUUCCUGUAAUGACUUCUGUGCCUCCCCCUUCCCAGACCUCUCUUCCCCCAGCAACAAUCCAGAGCACUGCCCCCAUGCUGCAGACCUCCAUGACCAUGACCAAACCAAGAAAGAGCCAAAAAAGGAAAGCAGACACUACAACGCCUACUGCAAAUGACCAGCUGAGUGAGUCAUCGCCAGCAGAAUCUAAGUCUGGGAAGACACUACCCAGGCGAGAGAGUGCACGGCCUACAAAGAUUAAAAAGGACGCUCCAGACUCUCAGCAUCACAUAGGCUUGGGAAUGGGACUAAGCGGACCGAGUGGAGGUCAUAGCCCCAAACCACAGGACCAGCUGGGGUAUUGCGCCAGUCUGGUUAGAGAGAUGCUGUCCAAGAAACAUGCUGCUUAUGCCUGGCCAUUCUACAAACCAGUUGAUGUGGAUGCACUGGGACUACAUGAUUAUCAUGAUAUCAUCAAACAUCCAAUGGACCUCAGCACCAUUAAGGCCAAGCUGGAGAACAGGCAAUACCGGGAUCCCCAGGAGUUUGCUGCUGAUGUGCGAUUAAUGUUUUCCAACUGCUACAAAUAUAAUCCUCCAGACCAUGAGGUGGUAGCCAUGGCUCGCAAACUACAGGAUGUCUUUGAAAUGCGCUUUGCCAAGAUGCCAGAUGAACCAGAGAGCAAGCCUUUAGUUUCUGCCCCAGCUCCUGCACUUCAUCACCCUGCCCCUGUUAAGCCUCAGCCUCCUCUGGCCCACGUCGCCUCAUCUUCGGACAGCUCCAGUGACUCGUCCUCUGAGUCUGAGUCUUCCACUGAUGACUCUGAAGAGGAAAGAGCCCAGAGGUUGGCAGAGUUACAGGAACAGUUGAAGGCUGUCCACGAGCAGCUGGCUGCCCUCUCCCAACCACAAGCCAGCAAACCAAAGAGAAAAGAAAAGGAAAAGAAAGAGAAGAAAAAGGAUAAGCAUAAGAGGAAAGGAAGCAUGCCUGUCGAUGAGAUCCAGGAUGCUACACCUCUUUCGCAGCCGUCUAAGAAGAAUAAGACCAGUAACAAUAACAACAAAGAGAUUGUUCCCAAGAAGAAACCCAGCAAAAAGGAGAUGAUGAAAGCUGCCAGCUUGCAGCCUGUUCCUAGUCUGGAAGAUGACCCGGGAGCCACUGGGUCAUCAGUUACAGGGGAAAAGUGCAAACCUAUGACAUAUGAGGAGAAGAGGCAGCUAAGCCUGGACAUCAACAAGCUUCCUGGUGACAAGCUUGGCCGUGUAGUACACAUUAUCCAGUCCAGAGAGCCCUCACUCAAAAAUUCAAACCCUGAUGAGAUUGAGAUUGACUUUGAAACGCUAAAGCCUUCCACUCUGCGUGAACUAGAGAGAUAUGUGUCUUCCUGCCUCCGCAAGAAGAAAAGGGUUUCAGUUGAUAAGACUAUGGAGUCCAUGGCUACCUCUAAAAAGACUGGAUCUUCUUCAGACAGCAGUGGCUCCAGCUCAGACAGUGAAAUGGAGGGGCCAGGAACGAUAAAACAGCCGAAAAAGAAGAACCAUGCUGUAAAGGAGGGGAAGGGGAAGACACAUUCUCAUAUUCAGACUGUACCCGCUCAGGCUACACAUCAGUCUCAAGCUGCAGGCCUUCAGUCCAGCAGUCAGAUGAAGCAACAGCAGCACCAUCACCACCACCAGCCAUCUCCUGCGGGCUUCAUGGUGCCCCCUGUUGCUCCUCUGGAGUCUUCUCAGUUAUUGGAGACGAGCUUUGACUCCCUGCCACCUUUUGGUCAGUCCAUCAUGCACUUGCCCCACCACACAGGCAAUUCCUCCUCCUCACCUGCACCUUCUCACCUCAACACUCAUUCUGCUGGGCCAGUGUCCCCUGAGACACAUCCUUUCCUCAACCAGCAUUCCGUCCUCCCAUCUCCAGCCUUACACAGUUCCAUGCCUCAGCAGCCUUCUCGGCCCAGUCACAAGGCAGCCCCUCUGCAUCCCAAACCCCCUCAGCAACCAGCGCCACCUCAGCAGCCGCAGCAGCAACAACAGCAGCAGCCACCUCUGCAGCAACAGCCACCUCUGCAGCAGCAGCUCCAGCCUCAGCCUCAGCCCCAGCCAACAGCACCACCACCGCCACAACAGCACCAACUCCCUCAGAUUCUUCACUCUACUCAGCCUCUGCACCAGCGGCCUAUAUCCCCCCCAACACUCACACCCCAAGGCUUGUUGUCUUCUCAGCCACCCCAGAUGCUGCUGGAGGAUGAUGAAGAGCCAGUGUCUACAACACCAAUUAACCAGUUAUUCCUACCCCAGUUUCAGCAACCGCGUCAGACCCAGCAGGCUCGUCAGCAGCAGCAACAACCAGUACAGACUUCGCUCCUGCAGUCUGUUCAGACACAAUCUCAGCUUUCGUCUCAGACUACCUUGGCUCCUGCCCAGCACCCUGUUCAGUCCCAGGCUCAGUCAGCCCCGUCACAUCAGACGCUGUCCCAACAGAUGCCUUUACACCAGGCCCGCCACAUGCAACAUACUCAGCAGCAACAACAGCAACCACAACAGCAGCAAGUGAACUACCAACAUUGUCCUAUACUCCCUCCUCAGUCCCAGGGAACACAACACAAAGCGUCCAUGCCCACCAAUAAAACACAACAGAUCAUCCAACAGCAGCAGCAAGAGCAGCCCUCCCCUCGCCCGACCAAACCUGACCCUUAUAACACAGGUCAUAUGAGAGACAACCCAUCACCUCUCAUGAUGAAUUCUCCCCAACUUCCCCAGUAUCCACCUGUGUCUCACCAGUCUCCGCCUCACAACAUGCAGCCUAAAAAGCAAAGGGCACCUGGGACCCAAGGUGUGUUAAAAGAGGAGAAACUUCCUCCAUCACCAGUGAUGAGAGGGGAGCCAUUCAAUCCUGCAAUGAGACCAGAUCAUCAUAAACAUCCUGAGAGCAAGCCUUGUCAACCAAGCCACAGCCAACAGAAUGUGAAGUCCAUGGAAGGCUCGCGACCUGUCAUCCGCUCCUCUGAGCCCAGUGGGCCACCCACCUCUUUGCAAGAUAAGGAGAAGUUCAAGCAGGAGUCCAAGACUCCUUCUGCCCCCAAAAAGGAUGUGAAACUGAAGAAUAUGGGCUCGUGGGCCAGUUUGGCACAAAAAUCCACGUCUACGCCCUUAUCGGCAGUGAAAUCCUCGAGUGACAGUUUUGAACAAUUCCGUCGUGCUGCUCGGGAGAAAGAGGAGAGGGAGAAGGCCCUGAAGGCCCAAGCUGAGCAGGCAGAAAAAGACAGGCUACGCAGAGAGCAAGACAAACUACGAGGUCGGGAUGAAGAGGAGGUCAUGGAGCAAAGCAGAAGGAUGCACGAUGAGCCUCGCAGACGUCUUGAGCAGCCACACAUUCAAGCCCCUUCACAACAACAUCAGCAGCAACAACAACAGCAGCAACAGCAGUCGGUGCAGCAGGAGUCCCAGCCUGCCGCCAUUCAGCAGCCUCCUCAACCUCCCACACCACCUCAGCUCACCACACAGAACCAGUUAGACCAAGAGAGAGAGAGGGCACGCCUCCGAGAGCAAGAGAGAAGGAGGCGAGAAGCGAUGGCAGCGACUAUUGACAUGAAUUUCCAAAGUGACUUAAUGGCUAUCUUUGAGGAGAACCUGUUUUGAGAAGAAGAGCAACUGAAACAAAACUGCAAAAAAGAAAGAAAAAAGAAAGAAAGGGAGAAAAAAGAUGUAAACCUCCUCUAAAGUAAGAAUGUGGAGAUCAUGCACCAGAGAGGGACACGGACUGUACGUAUACGUGAUGGGCCCUGUUGAGACUGAGUACAAACACUGGACGGGCGGUCACAGCUUGGUUUGCCCAUGUUGACUAAACACACAAACAUCACACGGGGACGAGUCGCUUAGUUUUGGAUGUCAUUUUCCUGGAUAUUCAGCAUUACCUGGCUGAUAUCGCGUAACAGGAAAAAAGCGGACCCCUGAUGGCAGCGCUGCCUUUUUCACACUUGGUUUUUACAGUGUGUGUGUGUGUGUGUGUGUGUGUCUGUGGGUACAACGGUAACCACAAGCGUGAAGACAUCCCACUGAUAACGUUCAGACAGACUGCAGAGACACUGAGAGAACUGCCAGAUGUCUGAGUUGGUGAAGAAGACUGAUCUUUUUGUGUUCUGUUUUGUUUCUUGUAAGUGAAAAUAUUACUUUUUUGUUUUGUUUUGUUUUUUUUUGGGGGGGGGGCUACUUCCAUACUGUAAAUCAUGUAUAUUUCUCAGCAGAGAAGGUACAGUUUGCCUUACACCUCUUUUUCCUAAACUGACCAUUAUCUUCUGUGGCCUGCACAAACGGACAAACAUUUGCAGACAAGGCGAGGAGCAGUGCAGACCUUUUUUCAUUAUCUAGUAUCUACUGUAAAGAAGUAUUUUCUUAUACUACAAUAACUGUUUAUUUUGAAUCUCUUUUCUUUCUUUUUUCCUUCCUCUUUGAAUCUUCUCACCAACACACUCCGCCAGCUACUUCUAUGCCAAACAACCCCUGAUAUCUUUUAUGCUAAAUUACUUGUCCUAAAACAUUUGGUAGCUAGUUAAAAAAAAAAAAACCUUAAAAAAAAUACCCUCAAUAUAUGCAUUAUCAUAGUUUCAACAAGUAUUUAUCAAAUACAGAGUCAGUCAAGUUUUUUCCAUCUUGCCUUUUAUUUAAAGCUACAGUAGGAAAUCGGUAGCAGAAGAGGGAGAGAGUCCGGUCGUUUCUAAGCUUUAGUUCUGAGUUUUCACUACAAAUGUCGCACCAUCGUUUGUAUUACACUUUUAGACACACUGUUGGAGAAGUUUUUUCUGAGUGGCCGGUUCACAACAGUCACUACUGGAUCAGUCAAGCUCCCUAUUGUUCCCUCUGAUGAAAGUGGGACAAUCAGGGGAAUUAGACAAACAUCUUUCUGUAGCUGUUACUUGAAUCAGGUUAGUAAAGUAGUAGACUGGAGAGAGCUCCCUGUUAGAUUUUUCACAUCGAAUCGUCUUCUAGUUCACCGAGGGCACAGUGUCGACAGUAUAAACUAAAAAGAAACAAUUACAGAAGUCAAGAAACGGAAAA